AUGGCUGACAACGACCAAUCCGACCUCCCCCAACCCUUCAACGCUCGCAACCUCGUCACCGCCAAAAAGCGCCAACGUUCUAGAUCCCCAGGCAACGGCUCCGGCUCCGCCACCCCCUCCGGCGAAGCUCCCAAAAAACAACUCAAACGCCCCGGCCAACGCGCCCGCAUUGACGAUGCCACCCGUGAACAAGCCCGCCAGCGCGCCCUAGAGCGCCAGCGUCAACUCCAAGCCCAAGAAGCCGCCAGCGCCGCAGCGAACACUCCCACCUCCUAUGGCCCCUCCGGCAGCAGCAGUGGCUCUUUCCCAUCCAACCACAACUCCCGCGGCAACAUCAACGACGUCGUUCGCGCCCACUACAACGCCGUCCCAGAGCGUGGUCGCGACUGGAGGAAAACCGACAGCAGGAUCAAAGGCCUGAGGUCGUUCAACAACUGGGUCAAGAGCUGCAUCAUUCAGAAAUUUGCGCCAGACGAAGAUCACUCCCCUGGCGCCAGGGAAAGAGGCCAGGCCUCCAAUAACCGGCUUUUGGUUCUUGACAUUGGCUGCGGAAAGGGGGGUGAUUUGGGGAAAUGGCAGCAGGCUCCCCAGACGGUUGAACUCUACGUCGGUCUCGACCCGGCAGAUGUCUCCAUCGAGCAAGCCCGCGACCGCUACAGAAGCAUGAACCGACCUGGCGGUGGUCACCGGGGAGGGAGAGGUGGACAUAGGGGUCGCCCUCCACCCCGGAUCUUCGAGGCGAGGUUCCACGCGAAGGAUUGUUUUGCCGAGACGAUAGGGGAUAUUGACAUUAUUCGCCAGGUUGGGUUCAACAAUAACAACGUCAGCGACAACAAAGGGUUUGAUGUGGUGAGCAUGAUGUUCUGCAUGCAUUACGCGUUUGAGACGGAGCAAAAGGCGAGGCAGAUGCUGAAGAAUGUGGCGGGGGCGUUGAAGAAAGGGGGGAGGUUGAUUGGGUGCAUCCCAAACUCGGAUGUCAUUUCGGCAAAGGUGGUGGAGUUUAACAAGAAGCAGGAGGAGAAGAAGAGGCGAAAGGCUGAAAAGGAGGCGGAAAGGGCCAGGGCGAAGGAAGAUGGCGAAGCGGACGACGAGGACCCUAAUAAGGAAGACGGGGAGCUGGAUUCUGAUGAAGGAGAGGCGGAGGAGACUGCUGCUUGGGGGAAUGAUAUCUACCGAGUGAGAUUUCCCGGUCCGACGCCAGCGGACGGGAUCUUUAGACCGCCGUUUGGGUGGAAGUAUAACUUUUUCUUGCAUGAGGCAGUGGAGGAGGUGCCGGAGUAUGUCGUUCCGUGGGAGGCCUUUCGCGCGUUGGCUGAGGAUUACAACCUGGAGCUGCAGUAUCACAAGCCGUUUGCGGAUGUGUGGGAGAUGGAGAAGGAUGAUAGGGAGUUGGGGCCGUUGAGCGAGAGGAUGGGGGUUAGGGAGAGGCAUGGGGGGAAACUGCUUGUUAGUCCGGAGGAGAUGGAGGCGGCGAGCUUUUAUGUGGCUUUUUGUUUUUAUCGGGUUUAA